AUGAUGUCGGUCCUGUCAGAAAGCCUUCGUCUGCACAAGACAGUCAAGACACACUACCUGUCUCUUGCAAAAGGUGGGGAGUGCCAGGUGACAUACGUUUGGAUUGAUGAAGCUGGAGAAAAUCUGAAAUGUAAAACCAGGACUCUGACUCAAGAACCAACAGGAAUCACAGAUAUCCCAGAAUGGACUGUUGUCUGGGUUGUUUGUGGGACUCAAAUGGAAGUCACUUUGGUACCCGUCAGAAUGUUUCGAGACCCAUUCACCCUUGACCCUGAUAAACUGGCUCUGUGUGAGGUGCUUGACAGCAACCGCGUGCCCAAAGGAAGUAAUCAGCGCUCACAGUGUGUUAAAGUCAUGGACCAAGUUAAAGAAUUUGAGCCGUGGUUUGGGAUGGAGCAGGAGUAUACACUGUUUGGUUUGGACGGAAAGCCCUUUGGUUGGCCUCCACAGGGAUGCACAAAAAGAGUGCAUUGUGCUGUGGGCAUUGACAAUGUGUAUGGAAGAGAUAUUUGCAUCUGUCACUACAGAGCCUGCCUGUAUGCUGGUGUGAAGAUCAGUGGCACCAAUGCAGAAGCAUUAGCCUCCCAGUGGGAGUUCCAGGUUGGCCCAUGUGAGGGGAUUGAAAUGGGAGAUCAUCUGUGGAUGGCGCGUUACAUUCUGCACCGUGUCUGUGAAGACUUUGGAGUUGUUGCCUCCUUGGAUGCCAAACCCAUCGAGGGCAAUACUGGCACAUCAGGCUGUCACACCAAUUUCAGCACCAAGGAGAUGAGGAGUGAAGGAGGACUUCAGUACAUUGAAGAGGCAAUCAGAAGGCUGAGCAAGCGUCACUCUCAGCACCUCCGUGUCUACGAUCCACACGAUGGCGCUGACAACAUGAGACGCCUCACUAGUCAAUUAACUAACUCCAGUUUUCAUGAAUUCUCCACAGCCAUAGACUCUCGUUCUGUUAGUGUUCGCAUCCCUGCCCAUGUCAGUCAGAGAGGAUGCGAGAGAGAGGCGGCUUCCUCCCUGUUGGACAGUAGGACCACCUGA